AUGGCUUGUACCAAAGAAGAAAUUGAGAGGAAACGUCUAGCUGCAUUACAAAAAAGGCAAAAUAAGCUAUUGGGUAACAAUGAGACGAGUAAAAAUUCUCCUAUCAAGUACAGCCCUAGUUCCCCGAGAAGCUUUGAGCAAACAAAAUUUGAACCACCCAAAUCUUUUCAAUUAAAUUCUAAUAGAAGUCACCCUUACACCAAACCAAUUGCUAGUGGGAGUGAAAAUAACGUUCCCAUUGGUAAAGUGGUUAGCGGCAGUGUGUAUCUGAUUUCUGAUGAAAGGUUUGAAGUAAAUCCAUCAGAAUUUUGUACUCCUCUCAUUAAUGUGUUCAAGAGCAUGCCAUCUAAAACUUUUGAUAUGAAAUCAAAGUUAUGGAAUUUUUCAAUUCAUGAUUAUCAAGAGCUGGUAUCCAAAGUUGCGCCCUUAGCACCACAUAUAGUGUUGGGUCCUUUACCCCCAUAUGUUCUAAAGGUUUUGAGAGAGAAAACCAUGGACCCGAACAGCAUUGACCUGUCACCGAUAGAGGCUACAUUGAGACAUCAACUAAUGCCCUUUCAAGAAGAUGGAGUUCGGUUUGGUAUCUCUCGGCGUGGUCGGUGCAUGAUAGCUGAUGAUAUGGGUCUUGGCAAGACGUUCCAGGCGCUUGCCAUUGCCAGCUACUACAGAGACAACUGGCCAUUGCUCAUCGUCACCACAUCUUCUAUGAGAGAAACAUGGCAAAACAAGAUUGAGGAGUUAUUACCUUCAGUUCCACUAGUGAACAUUGCGACUUUGACUAGUGGCAAAGACACGCAGCUAGUUGCUGAUAAGCAGACCGAAGUUGUGAUUGUCAGCUACAAGAUUACAAGCAUGCACACAGACUUACUGAAGAGCAAGAAUUUUGGGGUUGUUAUAAUAGAUGAAUCACAUUAUUUGAAGUCACACAAGGCGCAGUGCACUGUAGCCCUCAACGGCAUCACCCGCAAGUGCCAGCGCGCCAUCUUGCUGAGCGGCACGCCCGCGCUCAGUCGCCCCGCGGAACUCUUCACGCAGCUCACACUCAUUGAGCCCGGCUUGUUCCCUUCUUACACAGAGUUUGGAAAAAGAUAUUGCGAUGGUAAACAGACGAACUUCGGUUGGGACAUGACGGGCCAGUCGAACCUCGCCGAGCUGCAAGUUUUACUCCAGAAGAGGUUCCUCAUCAGAAGGACUAAAGAACAAGUGCUCACUAAACUGGAAGAGAAGACUAGGGAAACAGUGAUAUUAGAUGAUACAAUGCUCGAAUUUGGGCCGGAGGUACAAAAAGGUUUAUCGCAGAUGGCCGAAACCUACAAGUCCAGCAAGUCGGCUGAUAAGCAGUCCGCACUCAUCACUUUCUUCAGCGAGAGUGCUAGAGUCAAGAUACCAGCCAUCUGUAAAUACAUUAAACAAUUACUGGAAGAUGGUGAAACCGGCAAGUUUUUAAUAUUCGCGCACCACAAGCCCGUGAUAGAGGCGAUCUGUCUAACGCUGGACGAGGCCGGGGUACACUACAUAUGUAUUGUUGGAUCCACGCCCUCUAAUACGAGAGCUGAUUUAGUGGACAAAUUCCAACACACGGAGUCGUGUCGCUGCGCCGUGCUGUCGAUAACUGCGGCGAACUCUGGCCUUACACUGACGGCCGCUAACCUCGUGUUAUUCGCCGAGUUACACUGGAAUCCUGGGAUCCUGACGCAGGCGGAGUCGCGCGCGCACCGCCUGGGCCAGCGCGGCGCCGUGUGCGCGCGCUACCUGCUCGCGCGCCGCACCGCCGACGACCUCAUGUGGCCGCUGCUGCAGCACAAGCUACAUGUGCUCAACAAUGUAGGACUAAGUAGAGACACGUUUGAAGAUACGACGAUGAAGCACCAGGACAGUAAAAACACCAUAUCCCAAUAUUUAUCAGUAUGCGUGCCUAAGAACAGAAACGACUACAUCCCAGGAACGAACAUCAGGAAAGAUUCUGUCAACACCGAUAAGAGUAUUAGCAUAGAAGAUAAACAAUCAACCAGCGGGGGCAACGACUGUGAUGCCGUUGAUAACUCAUUCUUGGAUGAUGAUGAAGAUGAUGAGUUGAUGGCCAACCUUGACUUAUGA